CUUUCUUUUUUUUUUUUUUUUUCCCUAACCUGCCAGGAAAAGCAAUGUCUUGGCCUGGUCAGUGCUCUCAUGUUUGGAUGGUGCUGGGCUCUGUCUGGGAGCCUCCUGUGCUCCAGCUGUCUGCACCAACCCCUGAUGUCAAGCUGUGCACCCCAGCUCCAGGCACAGGGGUGGCAUUGCUGGGAAUUUUGAGCCUUUUGCAGAUGCCUGAGCAGAGGACAAGCCACCCUUGGCUUUGCUUUUGUGCCCUGCCCUGCAGAGCUCAGCAAUUGUUUCCAGCCCGGGAUGUGAGGGCUGUCCCACCCCGACGGGGCUGGGAAGGGGCUCUGUGGGAGCUGCCCUGGUGAUAUCCAAGUGCAUUCCCACCUCUUGGCUCUCGGCAAUGCAACAAUCCCUUUAUUUCAGGAGGAAGAGGAUGGAUGUGCCGCCACGGGCGUGUGCCAGGCUGCUCCUCCUGUCCCUGCUCUGCGCCACCGGCCUCUGCCAAUGGAGCAAAAACAACCGCUGUGUGCUGUCCCGAGCAAAGAGCUGCACCGAGUGCAUCCGGGUGGAUAAGGACUGCUCCUUCUGCACCGACGAGAGCUUCGAGGAGCCGCGCUGUGACCUGCGGGAGAACCUGCUGCGCUCCGGCUGCGGCGAGGCCAGCCUCGUGUACACCCAGGGGGAGAUGAGGACGCUGAAGAAUUCCAGUAUCAACAUGUCCCUGCAGAGGACCCAGGUGUCCCCCCAGGCCAUGUACAUGCGGCUGCGGGCUGGCGAGGAGAUGAGCUUCAACAUGGAUGUCUUCCAGCCCAAGGAGAGUCCUGUGGAUCUCUACAUCCUCAUGGACUUCUCCUACUCCAUGUCAGAUGAUCUGGACAACCUCAAAAGCAUGGGGCAUAACCUAGCGGACUUCCUGCAAGCCCUGACUUCCAAUUACACCAUUGGAUUUGGCAAGUUUGUGGACAAAGUCUCAUCCCCUCAGACAGACAUGAGACCCGAAAAGCUGCGUGAGCCCUGGCACAACGCCGACUCCCCGUUCUCCUUCAAGAACGUCAUCCGCCUGACCAGCAACAUCAACCACUUCAGCCAGGAGCUCAGCAAGGAGCGCAUCUCUGGCAACCUGGAUGCCCCCGAGGGCGGCUUUGAUGCCAUCCUGCAGACAGCUGUUUGCAAGGAUAAGAUUGGCUGGAGAAAGGACAGCACUCACCUGCUCGUGUUCUCCACCGAGUCUGCCUUUCACUAUGAAGCUGAUGGCACAAACGUCCUGGCAGGGAUCCUGGCGAGGAACGAUGAGCAGUGCCACCUGGACAGCCACGGCACCUACGUGUAUGACACCAAGCAGGACUAUCCUUCAGUGCCCACCCUCGUGCGCCUCUUGGGCCAGCACAACAUCAUCCCCAUCUUUGCUGUCACCAACCACUCCUACAGCUACUAUGAGAAGCUGCACAAGUAUUUCCCCAUCUCUGAGAUCGGGGUGCUCCAGGAAGACUCUUCCAACAUCGUGGAGUUGCUUCGCACAGCCUUUGAGCGCAUCCGCUCCAAGAUGGACAUCCGGGCUGACUUCACCCCCAAAGCCCUGAAGACAGAGUUCACCUCCCCAGAAUUUGAAAAGACAGAAUCUGGCUCCUUCCACAUCACCCGUGGAAAAGUGAGCAAGUUCCGCAUGCACGUGAAGGCUCUGGAGUACGUUGGUGGGCAGCAUGUCUGCAGCCUCCCCGAGAAGGACCGGCACGGAGUCAUCCACGUGAAGCCCACGUCCCUGAGCGACAGCCUCACGGUGUCAGCUGCUGUGGUCUGCGACGUGUGUCCCUGUGAACAGCAACAAGAGUUGGACUCACCCAAGUGUAGUUUCCAUGGGAACUUUGUGUGUGGACAGUGCAUCUGCCACCCGGGCUGGCGAGGGGACACGUGCGACUGCUCCCCGGCGUCGUCGCCCAACAACGAGGCCUGCGUGCGGCCCGGGGACGCGGAGCCGUGCUCGGGCCGGGGCGAGUGCCUGUGCGGCAAGUGCCAGUGCUACUCCGAGGAGCAGAGCCUGCGCUUCGACGGCGCCUUCUGCGAGUUCGACGUCCUGCAGUGCCCGCGCACCUCCGGCUUCCUCUGCAACGAUCGUGGCCGCUGCUCCAGGGGCGCCUGCGUGUGCGAGAGCGGCUGGGAGGGCCCGGGCUGUGAAUGCCCCACCAGCAACGACACCUGCAUCGACAGCCGAGGGGGCAUUUGCAAUAACCACGGGAGGUGUGAAUGUGGCAGAUGCAUCUGUGACAUGGCUUCGCUGUACACCAGCUCCACCUGUGAAAUCAGCUACUCCCUGGGCUUCCAGGCUGUGUGUGAGAGCAUCCGGGACUGUGUCCGCUGCCAGACCUGGGGGUCAGGCAACCUGAAAGGGAACUGCAGCUCCUGCCACCUCCAGAUCCAGAUGGUGGAGGAGCUGAAGAAAGAGGAGGCUGGUGAGUACUGCUCCUUCCAGGAUGAGGAUGAUGACUGCACCUACCACUACACCCUGGAGGGAGACCCCAGUGUCCUCCCCAACACCACCGUCCGUGUGCAGAAGAAUAAAGAGUGCCCGCCUGGGAGCUUCCUCUGGCUCAUCCCACUGCUCAUCUUCCUCAUCCUGCUCCUGGGGCUGCUGCUCCUGCUCUGCUGGAAGUUCUGUGCCUGCUGCAAGGCUUGCCUGGCCCUGCUGCCCUGCUGCGCACGAGGUCGCACCGUUGGCUUCAAGGAGGACCACUACAUGCUCCGCCACAGCCUCAUGUCCUCCGACCACCUGGACACGCCCCUGGUGCGCAGCGGCUCCCUGCAGGGCCGGGACACGGUCCGCUGGAAGAUCCACAACAACGUCCACAAGCAGGGCGUCGCCUCCCCCGCUGCCACCAGCCCCAAGGACCUCGGUGAGCGUCCCUGUGCCUCCAGCUCCCGGGUGGGUUAUUCCUCUGAGCAAGAAGGAUGGAGCUGGAUUUGGGAAUUUCUCUUUCCAGUUGCCUACGGGCUGUCCCUGAGGCUGGCGCGGCUUUUCACGCAGAACCUGACGAAAGCGGACACGCGGGAGUUCGAGCAGCUGCGCAAGGAAGUGGAGGAGAACCUGAACGAGGUUUUCAAGCACAUUCCUGGCUGCCACAAGGUCCAGCAAACCAAGUUCAGGUUACAGCCUAAUUCUGGGAAAAGGCAGGAUCACACCAUUGUGGACACAGUGCUCACUGCCCCUUACUCAGCCAAGCCAGACAUCAUCAAAGCGGUGGAAAAACAUGUUUCCCAUGAGGCCUUCAAUGACCUGAAGGUUGCACCGGGUUAUUACACUGUGACCUCAGACCAAGAUGCUCAGGGAAUGGUGGAGUUCCAAGAGGCCGUGGAGCUGGUGGACGUCCGUGUCCCACUCUUCAUCAGGGAUGAUGAUGAUGAUGAGAAGCAGCUGCAGGUGGAGGCCAUCGAGGUCCCCAACGGCAUCGCGAAGAUUGGGCGCAGGGUUGUCAACAUCACCAUCAUCAAAGAGCAAGCCAGCAGCCUCAUCACCUUCCUGCAGCCAGCCUAUUCCCACAGCCGCUUUGAUAAGCUGGCCAAGAUCCCUGUCCUCAGGGAGAUCAUAGACAACGGGAAAUCCCAAGUCACCUACAGGACCCGGGAUCUCACCGCCAAGAAUGGCAGGGACUACAUCUUCACGGAGGGUGAGCUGGUCUUCCAGCCUGGGGAGACCCGAAAGGAGGUGCAGGUGCCCUUGCUGGAGCUGACAGAGAUAGACACCCUUCUCAACAACUGCCAGCUCAAGCAAUUUGCUGUCGACCUCCUCCACCCCAAGUACGGCGCCAAGAUUGGUCGCUACCCCCAGACCACGGUGACCAUUGCUGACCCAGAGCUGGUGGAUGGUGUCCCCUCGAUGACUGGCCUGGCCCAGGUCCCCCAGUCCCCCAAAGGCCGCCUGAGUGCACCACUUAAUCCCGAUGCCCGUGCCCUCAGCUCCAGGGAAAUCAGCUUCAACUGGUUUCCUCCACCAGGAAAACCCCUGGGGUACAAGGUGAAAUACUGGAUGCAGGGAGACCCUGAGUCAGAAGCCCAUCUCAUUGAUGUCAAAACCCCAUCAGCAGAGCUGACCAACCUUUACCCCUUCUCUGACUAUGAGAUGCAAGUCUGUGCCUACAAUGCCAUGGGAGAAGGGACUUACUCGGACAUCGUCCGCUGCCGCACGCUGGAGGAGGUGCCCAGCGAGCCCGGGCGCUUGGCUUUCAACGUCGUGUCCUCCACCGUGACCCAGCUGAGCUGGGCUGAGCCUGCAGAAACCAACGGGGUGAUCACAGCCUACGAAGUCAGCUACGGGCUUGUCAACGAGGACAAUGUACCCUAUGGGGCCAUGAAGAAGGUGCUGGUUGAAGACCCCAAGAAGCGCAUGGUGCUGAUCGAGAACCUGCGGGAGUCGCAGCCCUACCGCUACACGGUGAAGGCCAGGAACGGCGCGGGCUGGGGGCCCGAGAGAGAAGCCACCAUCAACCUCGCCACGCAGCCCAAGCGCCCCAUGUCCAUCCCCAUCAUCCCUGAUACCCCCAUCAUUGAUGCAGACGGAGGUGAGGACUAUGACAGCUACCUGAUGUACAGCACAGACGUGCUCCGCUCUCCAGCCGGCAGCAAGAGGCCCAGUGUCUCUGAUGAUUCAGGCUCCAGGUGGAAAUUUGUGCCGUUGCUGGGAGAAGACCUGGAUCUUCGCCGCAUCACCUGGAGGCUCCCACCCGAAACCAUUCCCCGCCUGUCUGGCAGCAGCCACCUCUCCUCAGACACCGAGGGGCUCCUCCAUGAGGAGGACAGCGCUGUGGCUCCUGGCACUGCGAGGAGGAGCGGCACGCCCCGGCCCCAAGCAGAGCACUUGAUGAAUGGCCGAGUGGACUUCUCCUUCCCCGGCAGUGGCAGUGGCACCCUGACCAGGACAGCCAACACCAGCUACCACCAGCUGAGCUCCCACGUGCACCAGGAGCACAGGGUGAUGGGCAGCUCCUCGCUGACAAGGGACUACUCCACAAUGCUGAUGGGGCACGAUUACCAGGGAACACUCCUCCCUCCCAUCCAUGAAGAUGCUGGGAGGACACUCCUCCGGCCCCAGGACGUGGGUUUCAGGAGCAGGGCAAAGGUGAAGGGUUACUACCCCAGCAUUGGCUGUCGGGACUCUAUAAUCAUGACUGAUGGGCCCACAGGGAUGUGCAAGUACAUAGACUCCAGGAAGCCACCGGGCAUCCCCGACACCCCCACCCGCCUGGUGUUCUCUGCCCUGGGCCCCACGUCCCUGAAGGUGAGCUGGCAGGAGCCGCGCUGCGAGAAGGAGGUGCAGGGCUACAGCGUGCAGUACCAGCUCCUCAACGGAGGAGAGGUGCACAGGAUCACCAUCCCCAACCCCAGCCAGAACUCGGUGGUGGUGGAGGACCUGCUGCCCAACCACUCCUACAUCUUCAAGGUGAAGGCACAGAGCGAGGAGGGCUGGGGCCCCGAGAGGGAGGGAGUCAUCACCAUCGAGUCCCAGGUGGACCCGCAGAGCCCGCUCAGUCCCGUGCCAGGUACCCCCUUCACCCUGAGCACCCCCUGUGCCCCUGGACCCCUGGUUUUCACUGCCCUCAGCCCGGACUCUCUGCACCUCAGCUGGGAGAGGCCCCGUGAGCCCAACGGGCCCAUCCUGGGCUACAGGAUCACCUGUGAGAUGCUGCAUGGAGGAGGGGAGCCUAGGACAAUCUAUGUUGAAGGAGACAACCUGGAAACCACCCUGACUGUGCCCCACCUGAGUGAGAAUGUCCCAUACAAGUUCAAAGUGCAAGCCAACACCACCCAAGGCUUCGGGCCAGAGAGAGAAGGCCUCAUCACCAUUGAAUCUCAGGACAGAGGUGCUUUCUCCCAGUUUGGAGGACAGCAGUACAUGAGAGAAGUUUACAAAUUCCCCACUGAAUACACCACCAAAACCAGCAUCAGCCAUUCCUCUCUGGAUCCCCACUUCACAGACGGGAUGCUGGUGACCACCCAGCGCGUGGAGAACUCCAGCAGCACCCUGACCCAGGAGUUUGUGAGCCACACGGUGAUGGCCAGCGGGACCCUCACCCAGCAGGUGGAGAGGCAGUUCUACGAGGCCUGAGCCGGGCAGGCCGAGCACCAGCAGGACUUUUGGGAUCAGGUGCCAGGAUUUUAUGGAACAACACAAAGGUGCUUCAUGCAGGUGGUGCUUGGGCAGCUCCUCCUGCAGGCACAGAUCUCUGUGGCACUCCUGGACUCCUCCUUUGGAGCCCAGCACACUCAGCUCUGGCACAGCUGGGUGUGUAAGCUCAUCCUUCAGGGCAGAAAUUGGGGGCCUCCUUCAGCCUCCCCAGGUAAAUGGAAUGGAAUGAUUUAAUUGUCAGGGCCACAGUUUUGAGAGGAUCUCAGAUGUCAAAACCAUGAUUUAUAGAGGGUCACCAUUUCCAUUUUUGCUCCAGGCUCUCUGGCAACUAGCCUGUUCACUGGAGUUUUUUUGUUCAGUAUGGGGGUUUUUAUGACAGCUGCAAAGGUAGGGUUUUUGGGUAACCUGUGCUUUCUUAUUGCACCUAUUUGUGUCUGUCCUUUGCUGCUGACAUUUGGUACACAAUAGCAAAGACUAACCUUUCAUUUGUGUUGCAUUACUUGAUGGCCUCAGAUGCUUUUUUUUUUUUUUUUUGCAUACAACAUUGUACAGUUUUCAUAGUAUAUAUAUAAAUAUAUAUAAAUGUAUUUUAUUAUUUUAUAAAAAAAUGGAGGUGGAUGAGACCUAUGCUGAAUGUGGAGGCUACACUGGGAUUGUGGCUGCUGGGAAACAUGAAUAACUGGAAGAAAUGAGUUAAGGGCUUGAUCCAAAGGCCACUUGAACCCUGUGAUGAGGCUGGUGGGCUCUGUCUUGGACCUUGUAUCCUUCAGCACCAGAGGCUCCAGUAGAAGGCUACAAGGUGCCAGAUCCACUCACUCCAGAACAUCUCCCAGGUGGAGCCCUUGGACACAGAAGGGCUGGGAACUUCCUGGAAGUGAGGGAUGGGAACUGUGCUGGGUUUCCUCACACAGCUGAUGUGGAGACUGAGAUUUCGGGGAGAAGUUGGGUAUCUUUUAAAAGACUUUUUGCUCAGCAGUGACAUCCAUAAAGGGACCUGUGAUCUAUCAGUAAACAUCAAAGAAGAGCAGCCAGGCACUCCCACCAUCCUGAACAAGUCUGGGACUCUUGCAGCCCCAGCUUCAGCUCCCCUCACACAGGGCUGGGCUGAGCUGAGCCCCUGCUGGGUUUGAUGUCCCAGUGCUGGGCAGGAUCCCUGGAGGCUCCCUGCCCUCUGCCAGGGAAAACAAGCAGUGUAAGCUUUCUCUGGUGUGUUCCAGCUGCAUGAGAGCAGGCAAGGAGCAGCCACUGCUGUGGGUUAGAGCUUCCAACCAAAGCAGCAGCUGCCUGGGCCCCUGGCAGCAUCACCAGCCUGCUUUGAUCUCACAAUGAACCUUGGCUUUUUUUGUGGUUUUCUUUAAUUUUUUUUUUCAUUUUUCUUUUGGACACUAAAGAAGAGCUCACCACCAACAGCUCCCUCUUAUCUUCAGGCUUUGUAUUUCACUGGGGGCAGGGCUGUACAUCUUUCAGCCAAAGAUGGAUGUGGGUGAAUCAAGUCUACAGGAAUCUCCGUGUCUGGGUCAGUUUUGAAUUUGGCUCAAGGGAUCCUUCACCAACCCUGAGGUUUUACUGUGCCUUCAAGAAGCACUUAUUUCUCUUGAGCAGGUGCCAGUGGCAUGAGGCUGCCUCCUUCCCUGCCCCCUUCUUGCCUGGGGUUGGGAUUUUCUUUCCUCCUGCUCAAGGACUCUGUGACCCUGUCCCUGGGCUUUGUGGUCCAGGGUCAAACACUGAGAACUGCCUAAAAAGGGAGUUUCCCAAGCAUUUUAACCAAAGAUGAUCCUGUUCUCCAAGAGCAGAGCAUGGCCCACAGCUGCUCUCCAGGGACUCUGGCCUUCCCCAUGCACAUGCACUAACCCAGGCCUGUCUUUUUAAAUUCCAUCUGGUUGUUGGAGCUGAUGCUGUUUCAGCCUUUCCAAGAUGGAUACAGAGCAGGUCUUUGAUCAGAUGGCUUCCUCUUGCACUC